AUGCCCGAUCCCCAAAGUCAACCCGACAGCGAGAACAAAGAAUCAUUUCCUUACCAAACCGACACAAUUUAUGGCGAGGAAGGGUACCUGAAUCUUGUUCGACGAGUCUUGACAGAAGGCGUUUUGCGUGACGACAGGACGGGAACAGGAACGUGGUCGAUUUUUGGUCCCCAGAUGCGUUUUAAUCUGCGAAAUGGAGAUUUCCCAUUGCUUACAACAAAGCAGACAUUUUUCAGAGGUAUAAUGGAAGAACUACUUUGGUUCAUUCGAGGCUCAACUAAUUCAAACGAACUUUCUGCGAAGAAAGUGAGGUUUUGGGAUGCCAACGGAUCACGGGCUUUCCUUGACAAACUUGGGUUUACUGAUCGCGAUGAAGGAGAUGCUAACCGCGAAGCUCACUUUACAGGUGACCUUGGUCCGGUGUACGGGUUCCAGUGGCGUCACUGUGGAGCUGAAUACGUUGAUUGUAACACCGACUAUACAGGCCAAGGAGUUGAUCAACUGGCUAAUUGCAUUAAACUCAUUCGAGAGCGACCCUGGGAUCGCCGUAUCCUCAUCGUCGCUUGGAAUGCGAGGGAUCUCCACAAGAUGGUGCUUCCGCCCUGUCACUGCCUUGUUCAGUUUUAUGUGGCGAACGGCGAAUUGUCUUGCAUGCUGUAUCAACGCUCUGGAGACAUGGGUCUGGGUGUUCCUUUUAAUAUCGCGAGCUACGCCCUACUUACGCUGAUGAUUGCUCAUGUCACUAAAUUGAAACCUGGCGAAUUUGUGCACACUAUUGGCGACUGUCACGUCUACACAAACCACAAGGAAGCACUUGAGAUUCAGAUUAAGCGGAAGCCAAGGCCCUUUCCGAAGCUGAUUAUCAAAAGAGAGAUAAAAGAGAUUGAUGAUUUCGUAGCGGAAGAUUUUGAAUUAGUCGGUUAUGAUCCACACCCGAAGAUUGCCAUGCAAAUGGCUGUCUAG